AUGGAAUCUAAAGAGAUUGAUUCCGGCGUCUUGACUGCGCUGGCAAAGCAAAUGCGUCUUUCCGCUACUUUGGAAAUAAAUGAGCUUGUUCAGCAGCGCACAGCCAAAGGCUACAAAGUUGUGCACCUGGGAUUUGGCGAAGCUACCUUUCCUAUCCAAAAGGAUGUAGCUGCGGCUCAUAGGGAAGCCAGCAAUAUCACCAGCUAUCUUCCAGUUGCAGGAAUGGCCGAACUGCGACAAGCUAUUGCCAAAUUCCAAUCUCGACGUCUCAAGAAUAAUAUCCAACCAAGCCAAGUUGUUGUGGCUCCAGGAUCCAAGCCAUUGCUCUUCGCGCUUUUCGAUCUUCUUCAAGGGGACGUUCUGCUCCCGCGGCCAUCUUGGGUCAGUUACGAGCCUCAAAUUACCCAUGCAGGAAAAAAGAUCUUUUGGGUGGAAACGGAUGAAGAAGAUCGCCAUACUAUCACAGAAAGUUCUCUGCAAUCAGCAUUUUCACGCGCAGUUGAACAAGGUGGUAAUCCUCGAAUAAUGCUCAUAAAUAGCCCUUCCAAUCCCACUGGUCAAGCUUUCAACACAAGUGAUAUAGAGAUUAUCAGCACCUUUUGCAAAAGCCACGAUAUUACUCUCAUUAGCGAUGAGAUUUAUUCCGAUAUCAGCUUCUCCGAAGAAACCAGCGCAACUCCGUGCUCAGGCUCGCAAUUCAACGUCGGCCAGAAAAUUCUGACUGGUGGGCUUUCAAAGACAUAUUCCGCCGGAGGAUGGAGGGUUGGCUAUGCCAUCUUUCCUGCAAACGACUUCGGAGAGAGAGUACAAUCGGCAGUCUUGGCAUAUGCGUCUGAAUGCUGGUCUACGGCUUCAGCCCCCGCCCAAAAAGCCGCCGCGGUAGCGUUUGAUACCAGUCCAGAAAUGGAUCUGUAUCGCAGCCAGGUUGUGUUAUUGCACAAGCGAUGCACCUUGGCGCUGUAUCAUGCUUUGCGUCAAUGCGGCCUCGCAGUUUCAGAGCCAAAAGGUGCCUUUUACGUUUAUCCAUCCUUUCAUCCGUAUUCCAAGCAGCUUAAAGCUCGCGGCAUUCGGAACAGCCAAGAGCUAUCCCGCUGGCUUAUUGAAGAGUGUGGUGUCGCAGCCCUUCCAGGUUCGGCAUUUGGCGAGGACGAUGCCGGGCCUAUUGGUGGUCGGUAUCGUCUGCGGAUGGCCACAAGCUACCUAUAUUUCCGGGAUCAGAGUGAAAGAUACCAAGAUGGAUAUCGCAUUCUCGAUUUGGCUUUGGACGCGAAUAACAAUCUCAAGCUGCCUUUGCUAGACGAAGCUAUUCAGGCCAUCCAAAAUGCCGCGGCAAAGCUUCGAUUAGCGCCAUAA